ACGUCGAACGCUAUGACAGCCGAAAGGGAGAUCUUUAAAAUUGUCAAGUGGUUGAUGAUUGCCAGCGGAACGUGGAGACUCGACAUAGAUACAAUUUCGAAAACCUUGUACAAAGUAUAUUUAGGAUACUCUUACAGUGUCCAGUUUUUUUACUACUCUUUGAUUGUUUCCUUGGGAGUUGAAUUUACGAAACUCUUUGGAAAAAAUACUGAUGCUGCCAUCGAGAACGUCUCAAAAAUGUGCUUCGCGCUGCUUCUUGUGGUGAAAAUAACUUUGUGUCAAUCUGAAAAUAUACUAAAGUUAAUGAGGUUCGCGGUCAAAGAAGAAUAUGACAUAUUUAACGGACGCGAUGAGGCCACAAAGAAUAUCUAUUUGGAUCAUAUAACUUACUGCACUAGGAUAACAUCGGCUACAGCCAUUUAUUCGUUUGGUUUGGGUAUAUAUUUAAGCGAAAUUGGAAUCGAGAAAAGUUUCAGAUUCAACAAAUCGCAUGACAUGGUUAAUUCGACACUGGACAAACCUCUCCCGAUGCCCACAUGGUAUCCUUUCGACAAAAACAAACAUCAUGCGUGGGCUUUAGGUUACCAAGUGGUCGAAAUUCUUUUGACCGCCCUGUAUAGCGGAUCCGUACACGCCUUUACAAAUUCGGUGAUGAUUUUCAUCAGAGCCCAGUUGCAAAUUCUUCAAUACCAUUUCAAAAAUUGUCACAAAUCCGGUGCCGAAUACGAAUCUAAUAUGCCUGCGGCUAAUGCUUCCGGCUUGAAAUCACUCGCAGUAAAACAUCAGCAGCUGAUUGGAUGGAUUGAGGAUUUAAAUGAAUCGUUUAAGGAUCUUUUGUUACUGGAAUACAGUAUAUCGUCGCUGCUACUUGCCGCGGUCAUUAUACAGAUAUUUUCGGGAAAAGAUGUGGGAUUCAACAUUGUAUACUUUUUACUGAUAUUCUCCCAAUUAUUGGCACUAGCAUGGAACGCUAACGAAAUUAAAGAGCAGAGUACGGAACUAUCCAACGCCCUUUACAGUAGCAAAUGGUACGAUCAAGUUCAACACGUGAAAGUCCUUGUGGCAAUUAUGAUGAUGAGGUCGCAGAAACCGUUGACUUUGUCGAUAGGACCGUUUGGGCCAAUGACUGCCGACGCUGCUUUGUCCAGACUUAAAUUGACGUAUUCCUAUGUUUCACUGAUGUCUGGCAAUCUGUACGAUUAAGUGACGUAACAUGGAGACGGUAGUUUCAGCUUCAUUCAUAAGGCGUGUUGUAUAAUACAUGUGAUUCGAAC